AUGAAACUUGCAAGGGGGGUGUUCCUCCUGUGGCGCAUGCACCUGAUGGCGUACCUGCACAAGUCCAUCCUCUGCUACAAGCAGAAGUGGAGCAGUAACUUAAAAUUAAGUCAAGGGACCCCUAAGAGAGAACCGCUACCCUAUGGUAGAAGUCCGGCUCGGCAGAGUCCCAGCCAGGGUUAUAGUAACAACUGCCUUCUUCCCCGAAGUAGGAUACACAAAAAAACGUUAAGUCAGUUGAGUAGCCUUUUCAGAGGUGACGUCCCACCACCAGUAGCCUUCCUUCGGGUGAACGAUAACACGACCAGAGGACUCUCACAUGGCAAGAAAAGAAAGAAAUAUAUAUGUCGCUUUUCCGGGGGGAGAAGUCGCAGCUCUGUCCUUUAUAGUGCCAGUCUGAACGGGGGGGGGCAGAACAAAAACCCCAAUGAGAGUAAUCACAGUGAAGAUGCCCCCCUACUAUAUCGCUCAGGCGAACCCGACCUACGGCACCUGGCGCAAGUGGGCGACUUUUCCUUUUUCUAUGGAAUCGCAAGUAGUAAAAAUUGCUUCUCAACGUAUGAACAGAUUGUCCACUACAUUGAGCAGCGCGGAGGGGAAUUCUCCCCCUGUACUAACCCCUCCAAUGAAGGUACUCACCCAGAGGGAAGCACAAGGAGGACCAUUAUCGACAAGAAUUACACUCUCAUUAGAGGAAGAGUGGAACAGAAAGUGAAGCAAUCGAAGAGGAUUUUCCUUCGCCUAAGACAAGAUGGAGGAGUCUAUCUCACCUGUGUGUAUGAAAAGAGAGGAGGAAGCAAUCAAGGAGAGGAUGAUCUGUAUAGCUAUAUAAAAAAGAUACGAAACGAAAGUGUGGUGGACAUCGUUGGACAUGUCAAGGUACAUGGUGAUCUCGUCAGAUGUAGGGUUCCCUUUGUGGAAAGCGUACUCAAUGAGAAGUGCAUAGAGAUCGUCGUGACCAGCAUCCGAUGUGUCUCAGAAUCGUUUGAUGAUGUCCCUGUGAUGGUGAACGAGGGCAGGGCGUUUUGGGCGGCACAUACAGGUAGCAGCAUCCGCGGCGGUGACAGCAUCGGUGGGGGUGAUAAGCUCCAUGGUAGUGAUAAGAUCCAUGGUAGUGAUAAGAUCCAUGGUGAUGAUAAGCCCCAUGGUAGUGAUAAGCUCGAUUGUGAUGAUAAGUCCCAUGGUAGUGAUAAGCUCGACGCUGAUGAUACCCACCAUGGUGCUGCCCGCCCGCCCACAAAGCUCAACACCAGCGAAGUCAUCCUGAAGCUGCAACACCCCAGCCUCCACCACAGGCACCCCGUGAACCACAUCGUGUUUCAAAUGAAGAGCCGAAUUGCGCACCAGUUGAGGGAGAUGCUGCGGCGGGAUGGUCACACAGAGGUGUUCACGUCUAAGAUGGUUGACCUCGGGGGGGGAAACACCCAGAGGAAAGCGGCCAUCACUGUGGAGCAGGACGUAGGUGACUCGGAGUACAUCCAUGGAGAGCACACAGCAGAUGAUGCUAAUUCCGCCGCGCGCAUCACUUCCCCUUCCGCUUCUCUUGAUCGCCCCUCCCGUUUCCAACUGAACGGGUCGGAAGGAGGAUCCAGGUGCUACAAAAUCGAGGGAGAAAAAGUCAUACUAGCACAGAGCCCCCAAUUCUACAAGCAGAUGCUAAUAAACUCCGAUUUUGAGAAAAUCUACGAGAUGAAUUACUCCUAUCGAAAUGAGAAGUUCCACACGUCCAGGCACCUCAACGAGUUCCUUUCGCUGGACAUAGAGAGAGUCAUCUAUCAUAACUACUACGAAAUUAUUAUCCCUAUGUAUGAUCUGCUGAAGCGAUUAAAUGAGUACUUACUUCAUACUUCAACGGAGGAGUUACGUCUGAUUAGCUCUUCUUUUGGAGGUCCCCAUUUUGAGGCCAGCAAAUUUCCCGACACUCCUUUUGUACUCUCCUUUUGCGAGGCAAGAGAUAUACUAGACAGAUAUUCUUCAAGCUCGUUUAGCGCUACUGAUGAGUGUUCUCCGUUUGACAUACAGGAGGGGGGUGUGAGGAAGAAGAAGUCACACGCACCAUGUGACUUUACAAAGGGAGGGGUAAAGAUUCUCAUCGAUGAGGAAAAGGACCAAUUGAAGAGAAGGCUGUCAUUUGAGGCACCCCCAGGUGCCCUACUACACAACGUGUACUAUAAUCGGAAGGUGGAGAGCAUGUAUCGGGUGCACCAGGGAAGGGCUCGCACCGGUGGGAAGCCAUCCCCAGGGCAAGGGAACCACCAAGACGAUAGACACUGCGAGAAGGUGUAUGCCUUCCUAAACGGGUUCGAUCGAGACGAACUCUACAAGAGGGUACUACUCUUUCUUCACCGCCUGUAUGAUGGAGGUACGGCGACAAAUGCGUCACUUCACACAGAAGACACAGCAUCCGCUGGAGAAAACGAUAGAGAGGUCGAAUGUAAACACUCCAUGCUGAAUCUUCUACGCAAGGACGCAGAGGAAGGAUACGAAGUGUGUGUAACCGAAUCGGCGCAAAGCAGAGAGUUAAAGGAAAGAUACCUGCACUCUCCCGACUUCACCAAUGAAGAACUGCAGUUCUUACAUCACUUUUUUAAAAAAAAUUUCGAUGUGGACUUAUUCAUAAUCGAUCAGUACCCAUGGCACCUCAGACCAUACUACACAGCACACAACCUAUACGAUAUGAGGUAUACUAACAGCUUCGAUUUUUUUUACAAAGGAGUCGAAAUUAUUUCCGGCAGUCAGCGAAUCAAUCAUUUGCCCAUUCUUCUAUUCAAAGUAGUGAACGCCUCUGGAUCGGUAGAAAACCAACAAAGGAACUUCUCCCCUGCAUUAUCCUUCACAGAAGAGAGCAAAUUCUCCAUUUCGGAUUACCUCAAAAAGUGUGAAGAACUCAUAGACAGUGACUCCACUUUAAGGAAAUACCUCAAUUCGUUUCGCUUUGGUUCGAAGCCCCAUGGGGGGUUGGCGCUCGGCUUGGAACGCUACCUCCUGGCUGCGCUCAACCUGGGGAAUGUGAAGCGCGCCGUUUUCUGCGACUGA